GUACUGUUGCUCUGCUUGCUGAUGAUCACUGUCAUCGUGGUCGUAUUUGCCUUGAAGCAGCGCUGCGAUGUUAAAGGUACGGUUUAGUAAACAACUAGCCAACUCUGUGUACGGCCCUUUUAGCCCUUGUGCUUGGCGUCUGUGCAAAACUGACAGUUUGGAACACAGAAACAACACCGCCAUUGUCUUUAUGAGCUCGCCCACUAAAUAGAUGCUUUUCAGUAAAAAUUGAAAUCCUGUUCUAGUCUGUAAUUUAAUACAUUCCCUUUCCAGUUUCAAUGGUUCAAUAUUCUCUUUUGAGAAAAGAGAAAAAGAAACAGCUAUGGGUUAGCAUUAACAUCCAUAUUAUACACAGCAUUCAAUGUGUUUUCAGCCACAACUAACCAAUCAUAUGUACUGAUUCCUGCUUUUUGUAAUCUGUCAAAUGUUCCCAAUUAUUCGGAGGAAUGUAAAUAACAUUCUGAGUAAAGUUUUUGACAUUCUGAGUAACAUAAAUGUCAUUCUGAGUAACAAAUGACAUUCUAAAUAACAUAAAUGUCAUUCUGAUUAGCGUAGUUGACAUCCUGAGUAACAAAAUGACAUAUUUUCCUCAUCCCCUGUAGUGACGAGCUGUAAAAACAGGUGUAUGAAGGGCAGCAGGGACAAGUCUGCAUCGUGCCACUGUGACUUGUCCUGUGAGAAAGAUGGAAACUGCUGUCUGGAUUACACUGAGGUGUGCAUGGAGCCUGGUAAGUCCCCAGCCUACCUCACAUAUUACUGCAACACUACACUACCAGAGGUAUGUAGAGCAGGAGAGAACGGGCCAGGUUACCCACCAUGUUCGUUUGCUUACUGUAUACAGUGCAUUCGGAAAGUAUUCAGACCCAUUGACUUUUUCCACAUUUUGGUAUGUUACAGCCUUAUUCUAAAAUUGAUUACAUCGUUUUUUCCCCUCAUCCAUCUACACACAAUACCCCAUAAUGACAAAGCAAACAUUUUUUUUGCAAAUGUAUAAAAGUAUUCAGACCCUUUACUCAGUACUUUGUUGAAGCACCUUUGGCAGAAAUUACAGCCUUGAGUCUUCUUGAGUAUGAUGCUACAAGCUUGGCACACCUGUAUUUGGGGAGUUUCUCUCAUUCUUCUCUGCAGAUCCUCUCAAGCUCUGCCAGGUUGGAUGGGGAGCGUCACUGCACAGCUAUUUUCAGGCGUCUCCAGAGAUGUUUGCUCAGGUUCAAGUCCGGGCUCUGGCUGGGCCACUCAAGGACAUUCAGAGACUUGUCCCGAAGCUACUCCUGCGUUGUCUUAGCUGUGUGCUUAGGGUCGCUGUCCUGUUGGAAGGUGAACCUUCGCCCCAGUCUGAGGUCCUGAGCACUCUGGAGCAGGUUUUCAUCAAGGAUCUCUCUGUACUUUGCGCCGUUCAUCUUUCCCUCGAUCCUGACUAGUCUCCCAGUCCCUGCCGCUGAGAAACAUCCCCACAGCAUGAUGCUGCCACCACCAUGCUUCACAGUAGGGAUAGUGCCAGGUUUCCUCCAGACGUGACGCUUGGCAUUCAGGCCAAAUAGUUCAAUCUUGGUUUCAUCAGACCAGAGAAUCUUGAUUCUCAUGGUCUGAGAGUCCUUUAUCUGCCUUUUGGCAAACUCCAAGCAGGCUGUCAUGUGCCUUUUACUGAGGAGUGGCUUCCGUCUGACAACUCUACCAUAAAGGCCUGAUUGGUGGAGUGCUGCAGAGCUGGCUGUCCUUCUAGAAGGUUCUCCCAUCUCCACAGAGGAACUCUGUCAGAGUGACCAUCGGGUUCUUGGUCACCUCCCUGACCAAGGCCCUUCUCCCCCGAUUGCUCAGUUUGGCCAGGCGGCCAGCUCUAGAAAGAGUCUUGGUGGUUCCAAACUUCUUCCAUUUAAGAAUGAUGGAGGCCACUGUCUUCUUGUGGACCUUCAAUGCUGCAGAAUCUUUUUGGAACCCUUCCCCAGAUGUGUGCCUUGACACAAUCCUGUCUCAGAGCUCUACGGACAAUUUCUUCGACCUCCUGGCUUGGUUUUUUCUCUGACAUGCACUGUCAACUGUGGGACCUUAUAUAGACAGCUGUGUGCCUUUCCAAAUCAUGUCCAAUCACUUGAAUUUACCACAGGUGGACUCCAAUCAAGUUGUAGAAACAUCUCAAGGAUGAUCAAUGGAAACAGGAUGCACCUGAGCUCAAUUUUGAGUCUCAUAGCAAAAAGGUCUGAAUACUUAUGUAAAUGAGAUAUUUAUCUUUUGUAUUUUUAAUACAUUUUGCAAAAAUGUAUUAAAAAUCUGUUUUCGCUUUGUCAUUAUGGGGUAUUGUGUGUAGAUUGAUGAGGAUUUUUGAUUUUUCUAUUCCAUUUUAGAAUAAGGCUGUAACGUAACAAAAUGUGGAAAAAGUCAAGGGGUCUGAAUACUUUCAGAAUGCACUGUAGGUGUGUGGUGUGUGUACAUGUUUGUGUGCGUGCGUGGACUUAAAGAUAAAUGCUUUCUCCUGUACAUAAUAAAUUAUAAAACACGUUUUUAGGUGGACUGGAAUAUUCCCUUCAGAUGGCAGGCAUGUUGACUCUGGGAUGAGGCAGAGCAUGAUAGAACCCAUGUGGUCAGUCGUGUGCAACAUCAUCCCUUAUGAAAUCCACAGUGCCAAGUCUUAACUUUUAGGGUCCUUGCUAGUGUAACAGCAUUGAUUUCUUCGCUCUCCUCACCUCGAACCCUCUGAACACAUCAACAACUGCCUCCCACAAAACAUUGUUACCUAUCGCUCCACAGCCCUUGCAGAGUAAGAACUUCUUCAAGGUCUCAGAGCGAGUGAUGUCACUGCUAACUAGCUAGCCAUUCCACACCGGUUACAUGGGUCACUGUGGCCAGCGGUCCCCUAGCGUCGAUGUGGUAUUCUGGGCAGUGUAGUUUCCCCACACCAUGUGGCUUUAUAUUUUACAUUACAGUCAUUUAGCAGAUGCUCUUAUCCAGAGCGACUUACAGUAGUGAGUGCAUACAUUUUCCGUACUUGUCCCCAUGGGAAUCAAACCCUCAACGCUGGCGUUGCAAGUGCCAUGCUCUACCAACUGAGCCACAUGGGAAUUUGUUGUUGUUCCCCUUGAUUACUGUAACAAUGAUGCAUGUCUCCUGAGACUAACUGAGCUUAGCAUCUCCCUGUCAGACCUUCCACUUGACCAGUUGGGAGGGAGGGGGAGAGAGAGAGAGAGAGACCAUCGCGAGUCGAGUCGGCACCUCUGGUUCAGUCUGUGAGGAGAUGUUCUGUAGACUCACACUUCAGUGUCUGCUGUUACUAGCUAAACAGCAACACUUACAGUAAGCUGGCUCUUAGUUAAAUAUAUUUGCACCAAAGAAAACAAGUGAUAAACAACAAUACAGAUGUUGUGUGUGCAGGUGUGGGUUGGAAGCCCAAGGGCUUAUAUGAAAACCACACCACAAAAAAACAAUAUACAAUAGCUACACAUACAAUAGCAACACUUACAGUAAACUGGCUCUGUGUUUGCUACUAGCUAAACAGCAACACUUACAGUAAACUGGCUCUGUGUUUGCUACUAGCUAAACAGCAACACUUACAGUAAACUGGCUCUGUGUUUGCUACUAGCUAAACAGCAACACUUACAGUAAACUGGCUCUGUGUUUGCUACUAGCUAUACAGCAACACUUACAGUAAACUGGCCCCGUUGUUUUACUUGUUAUGCAGGAGUUUGUUACUAUGUUGGUCUGUCUCUGUCUGUUGUAAUGGGUAUAACUCACUUGCUUUACUGUAGUGCUUUGUGAGAAGCCAACAGUGGUAGGAGUGAUUACAGACUCCUCAACCACUGCUCUCUGAGUUUGUCCUUAAGUUGCUCUCCUACACACAAACACACGCUCACACACACGUACUCUCUCCUCUCUCUUUCUCUCUCUCUCUCUCUCUCUCCUAUCUUUCUCCCUCCUCUCUCUCUCUCUCUCUCUCUCGCUCUCCUCUCUCUCCUUCCUCUCUCUCUCAUGUCGUUCCCCCUCUCUCUCUCUCUCUCUCUCUCUCUCUCUCUCCUCUCUCCUCUCGCUCAUAUCUUCCCCCUCUUCUCUCCUCAUAUCUUCCUCCCCUCGCUCUCUCUCUCUCUCUCUCUCUCUCUCUCUCUCCUCUUCUCUCUCUCAAUUCAAUUCAAUUCAAUUUAAGGGCCUUAUUGGUAUGGGAAACAUAUGUUAACAUUGCCAAAGCAAGUGAAGUAGAUAGUAAACAAAAGUGAAAUAAACAAUAAAUAUUAACAGUAAACAUUACACUCAGAUGUUCCAAAAUAAUAAAGACAUUUCAAAUGUCAUAUUAUGUACAGUGGGGAGAACAAGUAUUUGAUACACUGCCGAUUUUGCAGGUUUUCCUACUUACAAAGCAUGUAGAGGUCUAUCAUUUUUAUCAUAGGUACACUUCAACUGUGAGAGACGGAAUCUAAAACAAAAAUCCAGAAAAUCACAUUGUAUGAUUUUUAAGUAAUUAAUAUGUAUUUUAUUGCAUGAAAUAAGUAUUUGAUACAUCAGAAAAGCAGAACUUAAUAUUUGGUACAGAAACCUUUGUUUGCAAUUACAGAGAUCAUACGUUUCCUGUAGGUCUUGACCAGGUUUGCACACACUGCAGCAGGGAUUUUGACCCACUCCUCCAUACAGACCUUCUCCAGAUCCUUCAGGUUUCGAGGCUGUCGCUGGGCAAUACGGACUUUCAGCUCCCUCCAAAGAUUUUCUAUUGGGUUCAGGUCUGCAGACUGGCUAGGCCACUCCAGGACCUUGAGAUGCUUCUUACGGAGCCACUCCUUAGUUGCCCUGGCUGUGUGUUUCGGGUCGUUGUCAUGCUGGAAGACCCAGUCACGACCCAUCUUCAAUGCUCUUACUGAGGGAAGGAGGUUGUUGGCCAAGAUCUCAUGAUAUAUGGCCCCAUCCAUCCUCCCUUCAAUACGGUGCAGUCGUCCUGUCCCCUUUGUAGAAAAGCAUCCCCAAAGAAUGAUGUUUCCACCUACAUGCUUCACGGUUGGGAUGGUGUUCUUGGGGUUGUACUCAUCCUUCUUCUUCCUCCAAACACGGCGAGUGGAGUUUAGACGAAAAAGCUCUAUUUUUGUCUCAUCAGACCAAAUGACCUUCUCCCAUUCCUCCUCUGGAUCAUCCAGAUGGUCAUUGGCAAACUUCAGACGGGCCUGGACAUGCGCUGGCUUGAGCAGGGGGACCUUGCGUGCGCUGCAGGAUUUUAAUCCAUGACGGCGUAGUGUGUUACUAAUGGUUUUCUUUGAGACUGUGGUCCCAGCUCUCUUCAGGUCAUUGACCAGGUCCUGCCGUGUAGUUCUGGGCUGAUCCCUCACCUUCCUCAUGUUCAUUGAUGCCCCACGAGGUGAGAUCUUGCAUGGAGCCCCAGACCGAGGGUGAUUGACCAUCAUCUUGAACUUCUUCCAUUUUGUAAUAAUUGCACCAACAGUUGUUGCCUUCUCACCAAGCUGCUUGCCAUUUGUCCUGUAGCCCAUCCCAGCCUUGUGCAGGUCUACAAUUGUAUUCCUGAUGUCCUUACACAGCUCUCUGGUCUUGGCCAUUGUGGAGAGGUUGGAGUCAGUUUGAUUGAGUGUGUGGACAGGUGUCUUUUUUAUACAGGUAACGAGUUCAAUCAGGUGCAGUUAACACAGGUAAUGAGUGGAGAACAGGAGGGCUUCUUAAAGAAAAACUAACAGGUCUGUGAGAGCCGGAAUUCUUACUGGUUGGUAGGUGAUCAAAUACUUAUGUCAUGCAAUAAAAUGCAAAUUAAUUACUUUAAAAUCAUACAAUGAGAUUUUCUGGAUUUUUGUUUUAGUUUCCAUCUCUCACAGUUGAAGUGUACCUAUGAUAAAAAUUACAGACCUCUACAUGCUUUGUAAGUAGGAAAACCUGCAAAAUCGGCAGUGUAUCAAAUACUUGUUCUCCCCACUGUAUAUAUACAGUGAGGGAAAAAAGUAUUUGAUCCCCUGCUGAUUUUGUACGUUUGCCCACUGACAAAGACAUGAUCAGUCUAUAAUUUUAAUGGUAGGUUUAUUUGAACAGUGAGAGACAGAAUAACAACAAAAACAUCCAGACAAAGGCAUGUCAAAAAUGUUAUAAAUUGAUUUGCAUUUUAAUGACGGAAAUAAGUAUUUAACCCCUCUGCAAAACAUGACUUAGUACUUGGUGGCAAAACCCUUGUUGGCAAUCACAGAGGUCAAACGUUUCUUGUAGUUGGCCACCAGGUUUGCACACAUCUCAGGAGGGAUUUUGUCCCACUCCUCUUUGCAGACCUUCUCCAAGUCAUUAAGGUUUCGAGGCUGACGUUUGGCAACUCGAACCUUCAGCUCCCUCCACAGAUUUUCUAUGGGAUUAAGGUCUGGAGACUGGCUAGGCCACUCCAGGACCUUAAUGUACUUCUUCUUGAGCCACUCCUUUGUUGCCUUGGCCUUGUGUUUUGGGUCAUUGUCAUGCUGGAAUACCCAUCCACGAGCCAUUUUCAAUGCCCUGGCUGAGGGAAGGAUGUUCUCACCCAAGAUUUGACGGUACAUGGCCCCGUCCAUCGUCCCUUUGAUGCGGUGAGGUUGUCCUGUCCCCUUAGCAGAAACCCCCCCCCCCCCCCCCCCCCCCCCAAAGCAUAAUGUUUCCACCUCCAUGUUUGACGGUGGGGAUGGUGUUCUUGGGGUCAUAGGCAGCAUUCCUCCUCCUCCAAACACGGCGAUGGUGAGUUGAUGCCAAAGAGCUCGAUUUUGGUCUCAUCUGACCACAACACUUUCACCCAGUUCUCCUCUGAAUCAUUCAGAUGUUCAUUGGCAAACUUCAGACGGCCCUGUAUAUGUGCUUUCUUGAGCAGGGGGACCUUGCGGGCGCUGCAGGAUUUCAGUCCUUCACGGCGUGGUGUGUUACCAAUUGUUUUCUUGGUGACUAUGGUCCCAGCUGCCUUGAGAUCAUUGACAAGAUCCUCCUGUGUAGUUCUGGGCUGAUUCCUCACCGUUCUCAUGAUCAUUGCAACUCCACAAGGUGAGAUCUUGCAUGGAGCCCCAGGCCGAGGGAGAUUGACAGUUCUUUUGUGUUUCUUCCAUUUGCGAAUAAUCGCACCAACUGUUGUCACCUUCUCACCAAGGUGCUUGGCGAUGGUCUUGUAGCCCAUUCCAGCCUUGUGUAGGUCUACAUUCUUGUCCCUGACAUACUUGGAGAGCUCUUUGGUCUUGGCCAUGGUGGAGAGUUUGGAAUCUGAUUGAUUGAUUGCUUCUGUGGACAGGUGUCUUUUAUACAGGUAACAAACUGAGAUUAGGAGCACUCCCUUUAAGAGUGUGCUCCUAAUCUCAGCUCGUUACCUGUAUAAAAGACACCCGGGAACCAGAAAUCUUUCUAAUUGAGAAGGGGUCAAAUACUUAUUUCCCUCAUUAAAAUGCAAAUCAAUUUAUACAAUUUUUGACAUGUGUUUUUCUGGAUUUCUUUGUUGUUAUUCUAUCGCUCACUGUUCAAAUAAACCUACCAUUAAAAUUAUAGACUGAUCAUGUCUUUGUCAGUGGGCAAACGUACAAAAUCAGCAGGGGAUCAAAUACUUUUUUCCGUCACUGUACAGUGUUGUAACAAUGUUCAAAUAGUUCAAGUACAAAUGGGAAAAUAAAUAAACAUAAAUUUGGGUUGUAUUUAUAAUGGUCUCUCUCUCCCUCUCAUAUCUUCCCCUCUCUCUCUCCCUCUCCUAUCUUCCCUUCUAUCUCUCCUAUCUUCCCCUCUCUCUCUCUCUCUCUCCCUCUCCUAUCUUCCCCUCUCUCUCUCUCCCUCUCUCCCUCUCCUAUCUUCCCCUCUCUCUCUCUCUCUUUCUCUCUCCCUCUCCUAUCUUUCUCCUCUCUCCUCCCUCUCCUCUCUCCUCUCUCUCCUCCCUCUCCUCCCUCUCCUCUCCUCUCUCUCCUCUCUCUCCUCUCUCUCCUCUCUCUCCUCUCUCUCUCUCACUCCUUCUCUCACACUCACAUUCUCCCUCUUUUUCUCUGUCAUAAACUCUGUUUUACUCUCUCACUUUCUCUCGCUCUGUCUCUCUCUCCUCUCAGGUCAGCUUUGGACCUGCUCCAUAUUCCGCUGUGGUGAGGAGAGGUUGGCCAAUAGCCUGUGCUCCUGCUCGGAUGACUGUGUGAAAGCAGGGGACUGCUGUGCAAACUACUACAGCUCCUGCAAAGGUAAAACCAUAGACUAAACUGACCCUGCAUGGAUUGCAGUAUUUGGCCCAGGUCUGAUGUGCAAUGUUACGUAAAGGCCUAUACUCAGACAGUUUACAGUUGGUUGUUUACAGUUGGUAGAGUCGGUUGUUUACAGUUGGUUGUUUACAGUUGGUAGAGUUGGUUGUUUACAGUUGGUUGUUUACAGUUGGUAGAGUUGAUUGUUUACAGUUGGUUGUUUACAGUUGGUAGAGUUGGUUGUUUACAGUUGGUUGUUUACAGUUGGUAGAGUUGGUUGUUUACAGUUGGUAGAGUUGGUUGUUUACAGUUGGUUGUUUACAGUUGGUAGAGUUGUUUUCCCAAGGAAAGUAAGGCACACCAGAUAUUAGGACAUUGUGUCAAGGGAUUUUAGGAUUUAACACAUUUGCAGCUGAAUAUACACUGUGAAUUCCACCUCUGAUUGUAAAAUCAUCUUCUCCCUAUAGUUCCAAUGCACUUUGAGAUCAGAGUCACACAGAUAUCCUUGUGUGUGUUGAUUUCUGAUUGAUGUUGGUCUCUCUCUUUUCUAGCUCCUCCAGUGUGGUGGAAUGAAUUCCCCAACCCCAUCAUAAGGCCCUCUCAAUCUUUCACUAUCCUUGACCAUCUUAUAAAUGCUUAGACCAGUGUUUCUCAACCUUAUUUGUACCAUGGACCAGCAAGCUAGGUCCUUCCUAUUUGGACACCCGCUUACACUAACACUUCUAGAACUGACUAAAUGGGUGUCAGAGAGUUGACCAUCUGAGGUGCCGGUCCAGGAACCAGAGGUUGAGAAACACUGGCUUAGACUAUAUCUCACAUCUGCAUUUUAGAGCUCUUUCAGAGUCAUCCAGUUGGCUUCAUACUUAUCACUCUUAACUACUGUAAUAAAACUUUAACUCAUGGUCAUUUUAGCUAGUAUUCGCCAUUACUUGGCUUGCUUUAGCCUAAGCGGUCCAAGCACAACGCUCACUUCAUACAUUUUUGAAAUAUUAGAUGUGGUGUAACAUGAUUUUAGUCUAGUAGAUAGAUGUACUGUAGAUUUGAUGUGUUUGGUAGUUCGCCACAUCAGCCUCAAAUUAGUGACGAUAGUAUGGUUGAUUAUAAUAAUAUUUUCCAGUGGGAGUGAAGUCCUGGAUAGAAGAGGAGUGUGAGGACAUUCAAACACCACAAUGUCCUGCCGGGUAAGUAAUUUUCCACAACUACAGUACUUUCUCUGUGAGAAACACUUUCAUACACCACAGUCUGAAGAUAGGAUCUACUGUUGAACUUGGAGGUCCCACUGUGCUAUAAGGGAGAGCACAGCACAGUCCUUGAUUGAAACUGCUUGAUAGUAUAUACACACAGUGUGCUUUUGUUACUUAGUCAUACAACAAUCUGUGCGUACUACAGACAAAAACACACCACAUCGGUAGCCGAUGUGAGCAAGACCUUUAAACAGGUCAACAUUCACAAGGCUGCGGGGCCAACAGGAUUAACCCAAAUACAUUACUCCUGGUUUUUAUGAUGGAGAAGUUGUAGUGCAGAUGUUCAGUGUCUAUGGAAACUUAGCUAAUGGGGCUGUGUAUUGGGAGGGCGGGGUGUGUGUGUGUCUGGCGUGUUGUGCAAUAAGGACGGGACCACAGACUUGUUAGACUAUGGAAAAGUAAACAGCUGGUUGUCUUGAAGCCAUUUUUAGUCUGAAAGAUCUUUCCAAAGUGCUUUGAACUAAUUAAAGUUGUUUUUCUUUUGAAUGUUUUUUUCUUUUCUUAAUGACCUGUUGUCACUCAUUCUUGUGUUUUAUCUUUUUUUUGGGGGGGGGGGGGGGUUCCAUUGACUAUAACUUCAAAUUAGGGUUUAUUUUAUGAGUCGUUAGCCUUCACAGGAAAACACCGAAAUCAAAGCAACUUACAGUCAUGCGUGCAUACAUUUUUGUGUAUGGGUGGUCCCGGGGAUCGAACCCACUACCUUGGCGUUACAAGCGCCGUGCUCUACCAGUUGAGCUACAGAGGACGACAACAACAUCACUUAUCUCUGUUACCCCUUAUGUUGGAGAAAAGAGAGAGGGAGCGGAAGAAAGAAAGGGAAGGAAGAAAAGGAAGAAAGAGAGGGAGAAAAAAAGCGAUGUAUUUCAGUUGAAAGUUUCCGUUCUCGGGGAAAGGGGAAACUGUUUAACCCACAGGCCUUUGAUACAUCUGACUCAUCUUGGAUGGAGACAUCCAGCAACAGACCUCUUCCUGCCCCUCCCCUUCUUCUCUCUGUGUGGGCUGAAUCCACCCUGCCUUUCCUUCUCAUCUAGUCCGUUCACGUCAGUUCCCCCCAUUCAAAGGGCUGCUUUGUGUUCCUCCACAUAAAGCCACAGCACCACUACUGUAUCAGUGGAACUGGACCAUCCACACUGUGCCAGACUCAGACAGAUUUAGAUUCAUGCUUUCCAGGAAAAAUGUAUGUUCUGUUUUAACCUCAAUACAGCUCAUUCUCUUUCUCUGUUUGUAUCCCCAGUUUUUCCAAACCCCCUCUGAUCCUGGUGUCUAUGGAUGGCUUCCGGGCAGGUUAUUUAAAGGCCUACGGCAGUCUUCUUCCAGUCAUCAGCAAAUUACGUAAGUCACCAAGCACACCAUUGUUUUCUGGCGUGUAGGGCAACCUUUGGCCAGAGACCUUGCAAAGAAGUUGUUUUCUGGUUGAAAUUUGGUUUCAGGUUGAAACGACGUCAGAUUACAACCAAGUAAAGACGUCGCUUACUGGUGGCUAAAAAGACAUGUAAAAACAUUAUCGUCUUUUCAACCAAUUUGGGGGAAAUGAUCCUGUUUCAAGAAACAAUUCUGUUUAUUUGGCCGCUUAUGUCAGCGCCGUCGCAAAAGACGUCAGUCUGACCUCUUUUAAACCCAUUUGGUGAAAUGAUCCUUUUACUUUGGCAUCUUUUAACUAGUUUUCAUUUCCUUCUAUUUCAGGCAACUGUGGCACCACUACCUCAUACAUGAGACCUGCCUAUCCCACCAAGACCUUCCCCAACCACUACACCAUUGUGACUGUAAGCGUGUUGCUCUGCUUGUCUUAGUUGAUCUAGUGGUCCUCUGUAGCUCAACUGGUAGAGCACGGCGCUUGUAACGCCAAGGUAGUGGGUUCGAUCCCCAGGACAACCCAUACACAAAAAUGUAUGCACGCAUGACUGUAAGUCGCUUUGGAUAAAAGCGUCUGCUAAAUGGCAUAUUAUUAUUAUCUAAUAUGGAAUCAGUCAGGCGUCGGUUACUCUGCAAAAUUGUAUACACAACUGGCUUAUUUGUUUAUUUGAAAAUGGAAUCCACUUAAAAGAAAGAUGAAUCUUUAAAUCACCUUAUCCAUCAAAUAGUAACUUACCACUAAUGAUAACAAAGGACCUCCUCUUGUGGCUUGAUGGUGGACAUGCUGCAUCUCAGGAGAAACCGUGGUUGAGGUAUGCAAUCAUGGGCGGUGAUUUCAUUAACCCACACCUUUCAAAUAGCCGCCAGACUUCGCUUUCAACACACAGUGGGUUAACCUGUGGCUCCAGUGGGUUAACCUGUGGCUCCAGUGGGUUAACCUGUGGCUCCAGUGGGUUAACCUGUGGCUCCAGUGGGUUAACCUGUGGCUCCAGUUGGUUAGCCUGUGGCUCCAGUGGGUUAACCUGUGGCUCCAGUGGGUUAACCUGUGGCUCCAGUGGGUUAACCUGUGGCUCCAGUGGGUUAACCUGUGGCUCCAGUGGGUUAACCUGUGGCUCCAGUUGGUUAACCUGUGGCUCCAGUUGGUUAGCCUGUGGCUCUCUGUGAUGAAGUGGUUUAGAUGUAAAGUUACAGAUGAUAGGUCCACUUACUUAGCCCUGCAGCUGUCAAAGCACUGGUGUGUGUAUGUGUGUUACUCCCACAGGGCCUCUAUCCAGAGUCCCAUGGGAUCGUGGACAACAAGAUGUACGACGUGACCCGCAACGCAUCUUUCAGUCUGAGAGUUCCCGAGAAAUUCAAUGCCAAAUGGUACCAAGGAGAACCAGUGAGUGGAUACAUUGGAAUACACAACAGUGCAAAUCAUGCGCCUUCGUUCAAUGUUAGUUUACUGGUAGAGCUUCUUGGUUUUAGGAUUAUGUGGCCCUAGUGUUAGGAGAAAUAUAACCUGAAAACUGGUAGCCUGAAAUCGAGAACCGAGAAUGUUUUGCUUACAUUCCACUCCUUCACGUCAUGUUAAGAAUGAUCAGUCAAACAGACUGGUACCCAGGCUAGAAGAGUGGAGCUUGGGAAGACAUAAGGAGUCCUGUUGUUGUUAGAACAAGUCACAGACGGCACUUCGAGAUGAUUUCCUCCUGAAACAUUUAGCUGUAAAAAUGCAUGAGGAAUAAUAACAUGAAUGUUGUUGAGGAAAUUCCCUUGAACUGUGUUUACUAAAACAACCCUAACGAUAAGACAUAAUGACAUCACAGAACGGUGCCAAAGAACAUUCUGGAUUCUGUCAUCUCCAUCUCAUCUGUGCACAAAUCAAAACAUUGACUGACAAGGAGAAAAUGGCGCUAAUUCAAAGUCUCAGCCUUGUCACAUAAUGUACAUAAUGAUAUAUGAAGUGUUGAGUGAGAACAGUAGUUAUGGGUCUUUGAUCAUGAUGCACUCUAAUUAGCUUUCUAUGAAUUGUGCGAGGCAGUUGUUUUCAGUGACAGCUCUCCUCUUUAACUCUCUGAGAUGGGUGAAUCCAUCUGCUCCACAUAAUGUGCCUCUUGAAAUAAUGAUGGAUUCUGCCUCCGCAAAAUGACAGCCCUGCGAGGGCUUCGGCUUGUGCUUGUUUAAGCGCUCCUGUGGUUUUCACUCAAAUGGGAGGCCCCUCCUCUUCAACUCUGUGACAGUAAGUCCCCUUUAAAGGGAUAUUCAACCCAAAUGACAAAAUUAUUAUAUACAUAUAUAUUGUUUUAACAAGUUAGUUAAGAACAAAUUCUUAUUUACAAUGACGGCCUACUAGCAGGAGGAAACAGAUAUGUAAUUUUCUCAUUUGGGUGAACUAUCCCUUUAAAGUCAUACUCUACAUGACAAGUGCCUCUCUUCAGGGAAAAAGGGCAGUGUCUCAGAAUGAGAAAUAGACAUGUCUACCAUUAUCUUUAAUGGAGAGUGUUUACAUUAAGCAUGUAGGGGAAACACUUUGUCUUGAUGUUUAAUCAAUACAUUUACAUUUAAGUCAUUAACCAGACGCUCUUAUCCAGAGCGACUUAGUUUGUGCAUUCAUCUUAAGAAACCUAGGUGAGACAACCACAUAUCACAGUCCAUAAUAAUAAUACAACCAAAUAAAUCCAAAUGUACUUAUGUCUUUCCACAUCAUGUGUGGAGAAAGUCAGGAAGAUGAGACCUCUAAUCCUUAAAUAGUGUUAUUGAUGAACAUAUAUCAUUUGUUAGGACAAAAGUUUAGCUGUAAUGGAUAGUACUGCUUGCUCUGUAAUGAACAUAAUACAAUAUGUAAUGAACAUAUUGUAGUGAGCGGGAAGCAAACCCAGGUUGCUGGCCUGAACUGCAAACAGCCUACGCAUCGCGCCAAUAGGGUUAACCCACUGGGAGGGAAUUAUAUCGUGGCUCAUAUAGCGAGGAUCACUACUAUAGGUCAAUUCUGAUGAGUUUAUUGGGGAAGUCUUUAGAUGUAAUGAUAAAGCACUGCUUAUUCUGAUGUACCAGAAUGAAUGCGCUAUUAGGCUAGCUCUUUUUAGUGGUCUGUUUUGACUAUCAGUGCACCUCUCCUGUCUGUCUCUCUCUAGGUUUGGCUCACUGCCAUGGACAAUAACCUGAAGUCAGCCACAUUCUUCUGGCCGGGCUCUGAUGUGGCAGUCAAUGGAAGAUUACCUGACUUCUAUAAGAAGUAUGACAGGUGAGAGACUUGCGUAAUGAUCUUUCUUAUCCGUGUUUGUUUAUGGUCACAGUAAAGAGGAGUAGGUAAUUAUCCUAUUGUGAAUACCACAUCUAUUUGUUUUCUAGGAUAUAAAGUAUGAAUGUGUUAUUUGGAGGUGACCAGCAGUGUGUUUUAAGCUAUCCAUAGUGAUGCAUUCUAAAGUAAGAAAUAAAGCAGGAUCUUUGUCUUAGGAACAUCCCAUUUGAGGAGAGAAUCUCAACCAUAUUUCAAUGGCUGAAUUUGCCUAAAGGGGAAAGGUAUGGUAAUAUGCUUCUUAUAACCAUUAAAUGAGCAUCAUUUUGAAGGACAGACCAAACACUUACGUACCUUUCAUUUGAUAGGACCUCACUAUGUAAUCGGUGUCAUUUCGUUUUGUUUUUAUAUAGGCCAGAUUUUUACACUCUCUACGUGGAAGAACCAGACUCUGCCGGCCACCGAUACGGACCAAUGAGCAGCCAGGUCAGAUCCAUCUCUAUUCAUUCAACCCACCAAUCAAGUGGGGGGUAAUUUAUAACCAAUCAAAGCAGGCCCAGCAAAGGCCACAAAGUAGUCAGGCAGAACUCCUGGGCCUUGUAAACUCAGCAAAAAAAUAAACGUCCCUUUUUCAGGACCCUGUCUUUCAAAUAUAAUUUGUAAAAAUCCAAAUAACUUCACAGAUCUUCAUUGUAAAGGGUUUAAACACUGUUUCCCAUGCUUGUUCAAUGAACUAUGAACAAUUAAUGAACAAGCACCUGUGAAAUGGUCGUUAAGACACUAACAGCUUACAGACGGUAGGCAAUUAAGGUCACAGUUAUGAAAACUUAGGACACUAAAUAGGCCUUUCUACUGACUCUGAAAAACACCAAAAGAAAGAUGCCAAGGGUCCCUGCUCAUCUGCAUGAAUGUGCCUUAGGCAUGCUGCAAGGAGGCAUGAGGACUGCAGAUGUGGCCAGGGCAAUAAAUUGCAAUGUCCGUACUAUGAGACGCCUAAGACAGUGCUACAGGGAGACAGGACGGACAGCUGAUCAUCCUCGCAGUGGCAGACCAUGUGUAACAACACCUGCACAGGAUCGGUACAUCCAAACAUCACACCUGCGGGACAGGUACAGGAUGGCAACAACAACUGCCCGAGUUACACCAGGAACACACAAUCCCUCCAUCAGUGCUCAGACUGUCUACAAUAGGCUGAGAGAGGCUGGACUGAGGGCUUGUAGGCCUGUUGUAAGGCAGGUCCUCACCAGACAUCACCGGCAACAAUGUCGCCUAUGGGCACAAACCCACCGUCGCUCUUCACUGACGAGUCGCGGUUUUGUCUCACCAGGGGUGAUGGUCGGAUUCGCGUUUAUCGUCGAAGGAAUGAGCGUUACACCGAGGCCUGUACUCUGGAGCGGGAUUGAUUUGGAGGUGGAGGGUCCGUCAUGGUCUGGGGCGGUGUGUCACAGCAUCAUCGGACUGAGCUUGUUGUCAUUGCAGGCAAUCCCAACGCUGUGCGUUACAGGGAAGACAUCCUCCUCCCUCAUGUGGUACCCUUCCUGCAGGCUCAUCCUGACAUGACCCUCCAGCAUGACAAUGCCACCAGCCAUACUGCUCGUUCUGUGUGUGAUUUCCUGCAAGACAGGAAUGUCAGUGUUCUGCCAUGGCCAGCGAAGAUCCCGGAUCUCAAUCCCAUUGGAUCGGAGGGUGAGGGCUAGGGCCAUUCCCCCCAGAAAUGUCUGGGAACUUGCAGGUGCCUUGGUGGAAGAGUGGGGUAACAUCUCACAGCAAGAACUGGCAAAUCUGGUGCAGUCCAUGAGGAGGGGAUGCACUGCAGUACUUAAUGCAGCUGGUGGCCACACCAGAUACUGACUGUUACUUUUGAUUUUGACCCCCCCUUUGUUCAGGGACACAUUAUUCAAUUUAUGUUAGUCACAUGUCUGUGGAACUUGUUCAGUUUAUGUCUCAGUUGUUGAAUCUUAUGUUCAUACAAAUAUUUACACAUGUUAAGUUUGCUGAAAAUAAACGCAGUUGACAGUGAGAGGACGUUUCUUUUUUUUCUGAGUUUAUAACAUGUGGUGUUAUGAAUGACAAUGUACUGUAUUUGCAGGUGAUUGAGGCCCUGCUGAACGUGGACAGGUUGUUAGGACUUCUAAUGGACGGCCUGAAACAGAAGAACCUUCACCGCUGUGUCAACCUGGUGCUUCUGUCUGACCACGGUGAGCAGCAUGUUGCCACAACACACAGCCUGCGAUCAACAAUCAGCAGCCAUGUUUUCUACAUUUACAUUUUAGUCAUUUAGCAGACGCUCUUAUCCAGAGCAACUUACAGUUAGUGAGUGCAUACAUAUAUAUAUAUAUAUAUAUUUUUUAAUACUGGCCCCCCGUGGGAAACGAACCCACAACCCUGGCGUUGCAAGCGCCAUGCUCUACCAACUGAGCUACAGCAUUCAGAUGAAACAGUAGAUUGGAACGUGACUUGACUUAUUGUUUUAGCUCCUACUGGAGCAUAGAGCCUCAAGAAGGAAAUGUACAGUACAGGAGAAACACUGUUUCUCAGAGAUAAGCACUAAUAAAAUAAAUGUGGAUGCAUUGAGCCAUUUAGUGUUUUUUGGCAAAUGAAAGUUGUUUACUUUAUUUUAUGGCUCUGCUGGAAAUCAUAAGGUGAUGCAAUAGUGAGCAUCCACUACUACUGAACAUGAAAGAGGAGUUGGUCUAGGGGGGAAAAGGGAAGAAAAUAAAGAAAUAUGAAGUAGCUGAUUUUCCGACAUCACUAAGUAUCAUAUCGAGAGACAGUAUCUGGCAGCAAAAUGAUGGCUAACGUCCCUUAGCUAUUGUAUAAUGGCUGCAUUGCUCCUGCCUUAUAACACAGAAAUCUGCUAUCAAAUUCACUCAUUAAGUAGUUGUUUACAGAUUUUAUUGUACAAGUAGCACUUCAGAAAGAAAACAUAACAAUUAACAGUGUAGCCAUAAUGUAUAUUACCACAACACUUUUAUUUUCUGUUUUUUUGUGUGUUUUUUUUUAUGCUAUAGUUCCUCUGUUGAGUAACUUUACGAUGUGGCAUUGUCUUCCAGCCUCUGGCCUGUACUCUGGGGUCCUCUAUUGUGUGGGUGUUUGGAUGCUUACUGUCAGCCACACAUACAGUUUGGUAUGGCUGAGACCUUGGUAGCAUCCUAAAUGGCACCCUAUUCCCUAUUUAGUACACUACUUUUGACCAGGGCCCAUAAGGCUGGUCAAAAGUAGUGCACUAUAUAGGGAAUAGGGUGCCAUUUGGGAUGCACCACUAGAACCUGUUGCAGGGGAAUCACAUGCCAGGGUGAAAACGAUUUGUAAAACAAGGUCAGAGUGAAUGCUGAAACAGCUGUGAAUUAUUUAGCAAAAACCAGCAUGAGGCAGCCAGGGAGGUUUACAGAGGGAGGUCUGUGAAGAAGAGAUGCUCGCAACAUCUGCAUAGCAUUUGACAUGUCUUGUAAUUAUGGCAUUAUGUGUGUGAAGGAUUAGCUAAAUUUAAUUAAUGUGGCGGCACCGACCGAUGGCUGCUCAACUGGCCUUGUAAUAAGGUCCACGUCGCAGAGUUGUAAUUUUGAUGUCAGGUUUUUAAUAUAACAAAUAUCAUAUGGGAGUCCUUUUUAUUUAGCUUUUACCAAAUAUUGCAUUGCUCUUUGGGUUAUUUUUAGUCAGGAAAAGACUGGUUGUGGUUGAUUUCACAUUUGCCGUUAAGAAUGAUUGAUUGGGAAAUGGAGGAUAUAAUCCUAGUAACAAUCAUCUGUUUAUAAUUUCAAAUUAACAGUUUGUUCAGUUAAAAAAGUCAUUUUUUCUGUCUGAAAUCUGGUACAGAUUAGACCGCCUAAUUAUGGUGCUGUUUGAAGUCCUAUACUGUCCUUUCUCAUUCUCCAUUUCUCUCCUCAUGCUUCUCCUAUUGCUCUGACUGCCCAGUUGCCAGGAACAACAAUACAAACAAUGGCGAUUGUUUUUUAAAUGGUGACCGUGUGUUUAUUGUAAUUGCAGGAAUGGAGGAAGCUUCCUGCAAAAAGGCUGCAUUCGUAAGCUUGUACCAGGACAACAUUGACGACUUCACUGUCAUCCAAGGCCCUGCCGCGCGAAUCCGACCCAAGAACCUCCCGGAAGACUUCUUCUCCUGUGAGUAACUGUUGAUGAUGACAACAUGUCACUUCCAGCUGUCUUCCUCCCUCUUCCUGGCCUUACGCAAUACCAUCCAGUGUUACAGCAGCUCCUAAUUCACUCCCUUCCCAUUGGCCCUUCCCCUUUGAUUAUGGCAGAUUAGUAAGGUGUAAGCAAUAAUUAAGGUAGAAGCUUCACCACUACACUGGGGCAGCAGGUAGCCUAGCGGUUAGAGAGACAAGCCAGCCAGUUCGAAUCCCGGGUCCAACGAAAAACAUCUGUUGGGAAGUGAGCUGGCAACCGAAGGGUUGGGGGUUUUGGCCCCCAGGGGAAGGGGUAAAGCGGUUGGGGCCAAGGGGAAGAGGUAAAGAGGUUGGGGCCAAGGGAAGAGGUAAAGAGGUUGGGGCCAAGGGGAAGGGGUAAAGAGGUUGGGGCCAAGGGGAAGGGGUCAAGAGGUUGGGGCCAAGGGAAGGGGUAAAGCGGUUGGGGCCAAGGGGAAGGGGAAGGUUUGGGUAAAAGCGGUUGGGGCCAAGGGGAAGGGAGGGGAAGGGUUUUAAAGCGGUUGUGGCCAAGGGGAAGGGGGUUUAAAGCGGUUGGGGCCAAGGGGAAGGGGUUUUGGGUUGGUAAAGAGGUUGGGGCCAAGGGGGGAAGGGGUAAAAAGGGUUGGGCCAAAGGGAAGGGGUAAAGUUAAGAGGUAAAGGGUUGGGGCCAAGGGGAAGGGGGUAAAGCGGUUGGGGCCACGGGAAGGGGUUAAAGAGGUUGGGGCAAGGGGAAGAGGUUUAAAGCGGUUGGGGGCCAAGGGGAAAGGGGGUAUGUUAUGGUUAAAGCGGUUGGGGCCAAGGGGAAGGGGUUAAAGAGGUUGGGCUAAGGGGAAGGGGUAAAGCGGUUGGGGCCAAGGGGAAGGGGGUAAAAAGGUUGGGGGCCCAAGGGGAAGGGUUUUUUUAAAGCGGUUGGGGCCAAUGGGAAGAGGUUAAAGCGGUUGGGGCCAAGGGGAAGUUGGUUAAAGCGGUUGGGGCCAAGGGGAAGAGGUAAAACGGUUGGGGGCCAAGGGGAAGGGGAAAGCGGUUGGGGCCAAGGGGAAGGGGGGUUAAAGCGGUUGGGGCCAAGGGGGAAAAGGUUAAAGCGGUUGGGGGCCAAGGGGGGAAGGGGUUGAAGGGGGGUUUUAAAACGUGGCGGUUGGGGCGAAAAGGGGGAAAGGGGGUUGAAGCGGUUGGGGCCAAGGGGAAGGGGAAGGGGUAAAGCGGUUGGGGCCAAGGGGAAGAGGUAAAGCGGUUGGGGCCAAGGGGAAGGGGUAAAGCGGUUGGGGCCAAGGGAAGGGGUUUUAAAGCGGUUGGGGCCAAGGGGGAAGUGGUUUAAAGCGGUUGGGGCCAAGGGGAAGAGGUAAAGCGGUUGGGGCCAAGGGGAAGGGAUAAAGCGGUUGGGGCCAAGGGGAAGGGGUAAAGCGGUUGGGGGCCAAAGGGGAAGGGGUUUUAAAGCGGUUGGGGGCCCAAAGGGGAAGGGAGUUAAAGAGGUUGGGGCCCCAAAGGGGGAAAGGGUAAUUGGGUUUGUAUAAAGCGGUUGGGGCCAAGGGGAAGAGGGUAAAGCGGUUGGGCCAAGGGGGAAAGUGGGGUAAAGUGGUUGGGGCCAAGGGGAAGAGGUUUUAAAGCGGUUGGGGCCAAGGGGAAGGGGUUAAAGAGGUUGGGCCAAGGGGGAAAAUGGUAAAGAGGUUGGGGCCAAGGGAAGGGGGUUGGGAAAAAGCGGGUUGGGGCCAAGGGGAAGGGGUUAAAAACGGUUGGGGCCAAGGGGGAAAGGGGAAGGGGUUGAAGGGGGGGUUUAAAACGGUUGGGGCCAAGGGAAGGGGUUAAAGCGGUUUGGGGGCCAAGGGGAAGGUUAAUUAAAAGCGGUUGGGGCCAAGGGGAAGGGGUUAAAGCGGUUGGGGCCAAGGGAAGGGGGUAAAGAGGUUGGGCCAAGGGGAGGGGUUAAAGAGGUUGGGGCCAGGGGAAGGGGUAAGAGGUUGGGGCCAAGGGGAAGGGUUUUGGUAGGGUAAAGUGGUUGGGGCCAAGGGGAAGGGGUAAAGAGGUUGGGCCAAGGGAAGGGAAGGUUGGUAAAGAGGUUGGGGCCAAAGGGAAGGGUUUAAAGCGGUUGGGGCCAAGGGGAAGGGGUUAAAGAGGGGUUGGGCCAAGGGGGAAGGGGUAAAGAGGUUGGGCCAAGGGGAAGGGGUGCGGUUAAAAGUGGUUGGGGCAAGGGGAAGGGGUCAAGAGGUUGGGGCCAAUGGAAGGGGAAAGAGGUUGGGGCCAAGGGAAGGGGUUAAAGAGGUUGGGGCCAAGGGGAAGGGGUUUUAAAGAGGUUGGGGCCAAGGGGAAGGGGGGAAGGGGGUGGGUAAAGAGGUUGGGCCAAGGGAAGGGGUAAAGAGGUUGGGGCCAAGGGGGAAAGGGGAAAGGGGGGAAAUGGUUAAAGAGGUUGGGCCAAGGGAAGGGGUAAAGCGGUUGGGCCAAGGGAAGGGGUAAAGAGGUUGGGCCAAGGGGAAGGGGUAAAGCGGUUGGGGCCAAGGGGAAGGGGUUUAAAAAGGUUGGGGCCAAGGGGAAGGGGUAAAGAGGUUGGGCCAAGGGGAAGGGGUAGAAAGCGGGUUGGGCCAAGGGGAAGGGGUAAAGCGGUUGGGCCAAGGGGAAGGGGUAAUUGGUUAAUUUUUUUAAAGCGGUUGGGGCCAAGGGGAAGGUGAAAAGGGGUUGGGGCCAAGGGGAAGGGGUCAAGAGGUUGGGGCCAAGGGGAAGGAGGGGAAGGGGAAGAAAGAGGUUGGGGGUGAGGGAAAAGGGGGAAGGGGGUAUUUAAAGCGGUUGGGGCCAAGGGGAAGGGGUGGUAAGGGUUGGGGCCAAGGGGAAGGGGUUUAAAGCGGGUUGGGCCAAGGGGAAGGGGUAAAGCGGUUGGGGCCAAGGGAAGGGGUUUAAAGCGGUUGGGGCCACGGGGAAGGGGGUAAGCGGUUGGGGCCAAGGGAAGGGUAAAGAGGUUGGGCCAAGGGAAGGGUGGUAAAGAGGUUGGGCCAAGGGGAAGGGGGUAAAGGGUUGGGCCAAGGGAAGGGGUUAAAGCGGUUGGGCAAGGGAAGGGGUAAAAGGGUUGGGCCAAGGGGAAGGGGGUUAAAGCGGUUGGGGCCAAGGGGAAGGGGUAAAGUGGUUGGGGCCAAGGGGAAGGGUGGGCCUAGAGGUGAUGGCUGCCGUUUUAACGGGCCAACAUUGUGGCUAUUGUGUGUUUUUUGCGUAUUGUAACUAAUUUGACAAAAGGUUCGCCACCGACCUAUGACGAAAAUAGCUUGGAUAUCAGAACAGCGAUAUCAGUCGUAUGAGAAGAUUAGAGUUGGGCCUAAGGGAAGGGGUAAAGCGGUUGGGCCAAGCGGUGGGCCAAGGGAAGGGGUUAAAAGAGGUUGGGCCAAGGGGAAGGGGUUAAAGCGGGUUGGGGCCAAGGGGAAGAGGGUUUUAAAGCGGUUGGGGUGAAGGGGAAGGGGGGUAAAGAGGUUGGGCCCAAGGGGAAGGGGUUGAAAGCGGUUGGGCCAAGGGGAAGGGUUAAAAGCGGGUUGGGACCAAGGGGAAGGGGUUAAAGAGGUGGGGCCAAGGGGAAGGGGUAAUUUGGGUUGGAAAAAGAGGGGGAAGGGGUGGGGAAGGGUUGGAGCCAGGGAAGGGGUAAAGAGGUGGGCCAAGGGGAAGGGUUUGGUUGAAGCGGUUGGGGCCAAGGGGAAGGGUUGUUUAAAGGGUUGGGACCAAGGGGAAUUGAGGGGGUAAAUAAAGAGGUUGGGGCCAAGGGGAAGGGGUAUAUAAGCAGGUUGGGGCAAGGGGAAGGUGGUAAAGAGGUUGGGGCCAAGGGGAAGGGGUUAAAGACGGUUGGGCCAAGGGGAAGGGGUAAAGCGGUUGGGGCCAAGGGGAAGGGGUAAAGAGGUUGGGGCCAAGGGGAAGGGGUCAAGCGGUUGGGCCAAGGGGAAGGGAUAAGGCGGUUGGGGCCAAUGGGAAGGGGUGCCAGAGGUGAUGGCUGCCGUUUUACGGGCUCCUAACCAAUUGUGCUAUUGUGUGUGUUUUUUCGCGUUAUUUGUAACUAAUUUUGUACAUAAUGUUUCUGCCACCGACUCUUAUGACCGAAAAGAGCUUCUGGAUAUCAGAACAGCGAUUACUCACCUCGUACUGGACGAAGAUUCUUUCUUUAACGAGUCGGACGCGAAAGAUUUACUUCAGACACCCGACAAGGCCCAAAUCCCAGUCAUUCGCAUGAAGAAGAGACGGAGAUAAGGGGACGUAGGUCGGGGUGCCUUGUAAGAAUCUGACGGCGAGUGGGUAACCCGCCUCUGCCAUCAGUCCUAUUAACCAACAUACAAUCAUUGGAUAAUAAACUGAUGAGCUCCGAUCAACACUAUCCUACCAACGGGACAUAAAAAACUGUAAUAUCUUAUGUUUCACUGAGUCGUGGCUGAACGACGACAUGAAUAACAUACAGCUGGCUGGGUUUUCCUUGCAUCGGCAAGAUAGAACAGCAGCCUCCGGUAAGACAAGGGGUGGAGGUCUGUGUGUAUUUGUCAAUAACAGCUGGUGCACGAAAUCUAAUAUUAAGGAAGUCUCAAGGUUUUGCUUGCCUGAGGUAGAGUAGUAGGUAGUCUCAUGAUAAGCUGUAGACUAACUAUUUAUGAAGAGAGUUUUCAUCUAUGUUUUUCGUAGCUGUCCAUUUACCACAAACCGAUGCUGGCACUAAGACUGCACUCAACGAGCUGUAUAAGGCCAUAAGCAAACAAAAAAAUGCUCAUCCAGAAGCGGCGCUCCUAGUGGCCGGGGACUUUAAUGCAGGGAAACUUACAUCCGUUUUACCUAAUUUCUACCAGCAUGUUAAAUGUGCAACCAGAGGAAAAAAAACUCUAGACCACCUUUAUUCCACACACAGAGACGCGUACAAAGCCCUCCAUUUGGCAAAUCUGACCGUAACUCUAUCCUCCUAAUUCCUGCUUACAAGCAAAAACUAAAGCAGGAAGUACCAGUGACUCGCUCAAUACAGAAGUGGUCAGAUGACGCAGAUGCUGUUUUGCUAGCACAGACUGGAAUAUGUUCCGGGAUUCUUCCGAUGGCAUUGAGGAGUACACCACAUCAGUCACUGGCUUCAUCAAUAAGUGCAUCAAUGAUGUCGUCCCCAAAGUGACCGUGCGUACAUACCCCAACCAGAAGCCAUGGAUUACAGGCAACAUCCGCACUGAGCUAAAGGUUAGAGCUGCCGCUUUCAAGGAGCGGGAUUCUAACCCGGAUGUUUAUAAGAAAUCCCACUAUGCCCUCAGACGAACCAACAAACAGGCAAAGCGUCAAUACAGGACUAAGAUUUUAUCCCACUACACCGGCUCCGACGCUCGUCGGAAGUGGGAGGACUUGCAAACUAUUAUGGACUACAAAGGGAAGCACAGCCGCGAGCUGCCCAUUGACAGUUCCCUCCUGCAACCUCUUCCCUUAACAUGAUCAAGACAAAGGAGAUGUUUGUGGACUACAGGAAAAGGAGGGCCGAGCACGCCCCCAUUCUCAUCAACGGGACUGUAGUGGAGCAGGUUGAAAGCGUCAAGUUCCUUGGUGUCCACAUCACUGGCGAACUGUCAUGAUCCAAACACACCAAGACAGUCUUGAAGAGGGCACAACAAUGCCUAUUCCCCCUCAGGAGACUGAAACGAUUUUGCAUGGGUCCUCAGAUCCUCAAAAAGUUAUACAGCUGCACCAUCGAGAGCAUCCUGACUGGUUGCAUCACCGCCUGGUAUGGCAACUGCUCGGCCUCCGACCGCAAGGCACUACAGAGGGUAGUAUGUACGGCCCAGUACAUCACUGGGGCCAAGCUUCCUGCCAUCUAGGACCUCUAUACCAGGCGGUGUCAGAGGAAGGCCCUAAAAAUUGCCAAAGACUCCAGCCACCCUAGUCAUAGACUGUUCUCUCAGCGGUACCGGAGCGCCAAGUCUAGGUCCAAAAGGCUUUUUAACAGCUUCUACCCCCAAGCCAUAAGACUCCUGAACAGCUAACCAAAUGGCUAAACUGACUAUUUGCAUUGACCUCCCCCUAAUUGUUACGCUGCUGCUACUCUCUGUUUAUUAUCUAUGCAUAGUCAAUUUACCUCUACCCACAUGUACAUAUUACCUCAAUUACCUCUACUAACCUGUGCCCCAGCACAUUGACUCUGUACCGGUACUCCCUGUAUAUAAUAAUAAUAAUAAUAAUAAUAAUAAUAAUAAUAUGCCAUUUAGCAGACGCUUUUAUCCAAAGCGACUUACAGUCAUGCGUGCAUAAAUUUUUUUUUUGUGUAUGGGUGGUCCCGGGGAUCGAACCCACUACCUUGGCGUUACAAGCGCCGUGCUCUACCAGCUGAGCUACAGAGGACCACAGAGGACCACCCAUAUAUAGCCUCGUUACUGUUAUUUUAUUCUUGCUCUUUAUUUAUGUUUUAUUUUUUACUUCUGUUUAUUUAGUAAAUACUUUCUUAACACUUAUUUUUCUUAAAACGGUGUUGUUGGUUAAGGGCUUGUAAUUAAGCAUUUCACUGUAAGGUCUACACCUGUUGUAUUCGGCGCAUGUGACAAAUACAAUUGUAUUUGAUUUUAUUUGAAAGCGGUUGGGGCCAAGGGAAGGGGUCAAGAGGUUGGGGCCAAGGGAAGGGGUCAAGAGGUUGGGGUCCAGGGAAGGGGUCAAGAGGUUAGGGUCCAGGGAAGGGGUAAAGAGGUUGGGGCCAAGGGGAAGGGGAAGGGGUAAAGAGGUUGGGCCAAGGGGAAGGGGUCAAGAGGUAGGGGCCAAGGGAAGGGGUCAAGAGGUUAGGGUCCAGGGAAGGGGUAAAGAGGUUGGGGCCAAGGGAAGGGGUAAAGAGGUUGGGGCCAAGGGAAGGGGUCAAGAGGUAGGGGCCAAGGGAAGGGGUCAAGAGGUUGGGGUCCAGGGAAGGGGUAAAGAGGUUGGGCCAAGGGGAAGGGGUCAAGAGGUAGGGGCCAAGGGAAGGGGUCAAGAGGUUGGGGCCAAGGGAAGGGGUAAAGAGGUUGGGGCCAAGGGAAGGGGUAAAGAGGUUGGGGCCAAGGGAAGGGGUCAAGAGUGAUUUGGGAAGGGGAAGGGGAAGGUCAUGACCCUUGAGUUACCAACCAUGUCUGUUUUUAUUCCCCCAGUCGACUAUGAAGGCCUGGUGAAGAAUCUGUCGGUAUGUGAAGAAUAUGUGCCCCGUUGACUUCUGUGUUCAUAAGAUGAAUUUAAAAUUAUCUGCUUGCCUUAGCUCAUGUCAAACAGGCCUCUCCCUCUGUCCCUUCAUUGACUCUCUGCUCUUCUCUUGCUGUGUGUUUUGAAGUGCAGGAGCCCUGACCAGCCCAUGAGGCCCUACCUCAAAGAGCACCUCCCCAAACGGAUGCACUUUGCUAACAACGUGCGCAUCGAGAAGGCCCAUCUCUACAUGAAGCCUGGCUGGCAGGCAGCUCUGUAUGUCAUAACACAUCUCUCUUGUUUGCUUUGUUUGAAGUGCCUGAUUCCCCCAAAUACCCCCACCCUGACAUAUGUGUUUUUAUGAUGUCUUUAUUCAUACAGAUGUGGGAUCUUAAUUUGAACAGUUUAGUCUCAGGAGUAAAAUAAUCCUGCAGCAGAAGGAUUUGAUUAUUCUCAAAAAAGUUUUGAUAGGCUAUAGUUUAGGCGUUAGAUCUAGUGAGCGAAAUAUAAUUUCAGUGAAUGUAUGUAAAUCACAAGGCUCAUUCUCUGUGACAACAGAUCAAAUUAAGGUACGACAUCUAUAGGAACCGUAUACAGUAUGAACCAUAAAACAAAGUGUUGCGUUUCUUAAAAAUGACAUUUAGGGUUAUCACACAACCUAAGCUGCACUCUUAGCUUUACUCUGGCAUUAAGCCAAAGUAUCUGUUGUGGAAUAACAUAAUUAAAUAAGUACUCUUUUAAAUAUUUAUAAGUUACUUAAGUUAGCCUACUCAUCACGGUUCACUGCUUUUUCAAGUCAUGAGUUCCAGGAAGUAAAUCAGCACCAGUUAGAACUACACAGUGUCCGUUGACAUUCACUUUAAAUGUUGUGCCUACAUGCACUAGUCCCUAUAUGCAUCUCCCUACAUGUACUUUGAAAGCAGUUACAGGUACUUGCAAAAGGUCAUCCCACUUGAUAUUUAUACGAAAAAGUAAAAAAAAUGAUGCACUCACUACUGUGGGUCGCUCUGGAUAAGAGCGUCUGCUAAAUGACUAAAAUGUAAAUGUUUAAAUCUUGUUAUGUUUAACUGUCUGUUGCUAUGAGCCAUUAUUCGACAAGACGACUUCUAAAGAAUCUCACUAGCCCUAACUUGACCCAUGAAAUUCUCAACAGCUGCCACACGUGAAAAGUGACAGCUGGUCUCAGCUUAACAGAAAGCCUAUUAACAUACAGUACCAGUCAAAAGUUUGGACACAACUACUCAUUCCAGGGUUUUUCUUUAUUUUUACUAUUUUCUACAUUGUAGAAUAAUAGUGAAGACAUCAAAUCUAUGAAAUAACACAUAUGGAACCAUGUAGUAACCAAAAAAGUGUUAAACAAAUCAAAAUAUAUUUUAUAUUUGAGAUUCUUCAAAUAGCCACCCUUUGCCUUGAUGACAGCUUUGACACUCUUGGAAUUCUCUCAACCAUCUUCACCUGGAAUGCUUUUCCAACGGUCUUGAAGGAGUUCCCACAUAUGCUGAGCACUUGUUGGCUGCUUUUCCUUCAAUCUGCGGUCCGACUCAUCCCAAACCAUCUCAAUUGGGUUGAGGUCAGGGAAUUGUGGAGGCCAGGUCAUUUGUUGCAGCACUCCAUCACUCUCCUUCUUGGUCAAAUAGCCCUUACACAGCCUGAAGGUGUGUUAGGUCAUUGUCCUGUUGAAAAACUAAUUAUAGUCCCACUAAGCCCAAACCAGAUGUGAUGGCGUAUCGCUGCAGAAUGCUGUGGUAGCCAUGCUGGUUAAGUAUGCCUUGAAUUCUAAAUAAAUCACAGACAGUGUCACCAGCAAAGCACCCCCACACCAUAACACCACCUCCUCCAUGCUUUACGGUGGGAAAUACACAUGCGGAGAUCAUCCAUUCACCCACACCGCGUCUCACAAAGACACGGCGGUUGUAACCAAAAAUCUCAAAUUUGGACUCCAGACCAAAGGACACAUUUCCACCGGUCUAAUGUCCAUUGUUCGUGUUUCUUGGCCCAAGCAGGUCUCUUCUUCUUAUUGGUAUUCUUUAGUAGUGGUUUCUUUGCAGCAAUUUGACCAUGAAGGCCUGAUUCACACAGUCCCCUCUAAACAGUUGAUGUUGAGAUGUGUCUGUUACUUGAACUCUGUGAAGCAUUUAUUUGGGCUGCAAUUUCUGAGGCUGGUAACUCCAAUUAACUUAUCCUCUGCAGCAGAGGUAACUGAGUCUUCCAUUCCUGUGGCCAUCUUCAUGAGAGCCAGUUUCAUCAUAGCGCUUGAUGGUUUUUGCGACUGCACUUGAAGAAACUUUCAAAGUUCUUGAAAUGUUCCGUAUUGACUGACCUUCAUGUCUUAAAGUAAUGCUGGACUGUCGUUUCUCUUUGCUUAUUUGAGCAGUUCUUGCCAUAAUAUGGACUUUGUCUUUUACCAAAUAGGGCUAUCUUCUGUAUACCCCCCUACCUUGUCACUACACAACUGAUUGGCUCAAAUGCAUUAAGAAGGAAAGAAACUCCACAAAUUAACUUUUAAGAAGGCACACCUGUUAAUUGAAAUGCAUUCCAGGUGACUACCUCAUGAAGCUGGUUGAGAGAAUGCCAAGAGUGUGCAAAGCUGUCAUCAAGGCAAAGGGUGGCUAUUUGAAUAUGUUUAACACUUUUUUGGUUACUACAUGAUUCCAUGUGUUAUUUCAUAGUUUUGAUGUCUUCACUAUUAUUCUACAAUGUAGAAAAUAGUAAAAAUAAAGAAAAACCCUUGAAUGAGUAGGUGUGUCCAAACUUUGGACUGGCAGUGUACCAACAGACAUUUUGUUUUGCCCAUGUUUGGGCAUUUUUUACGGAUGUCUGAAAUGGGUGCUGAAAGCUGUUUCUUGUUGAUAUGGUUGCCACAGCUGAGAAUGUGAGCGCUCAUUUAGUUGGGUUGGUUUGUACAGCUGUCCAAUUGAUAACCCCUCAAUUUGAGUGUGUGUGGAGUGUGGAGGUGUGAUGUCCUUUCUAGGAAUGGAAUAAUGUUUUUUCAUCUCUGUUCGUCCACAGACAACCUAACGAAGUCAAGUACUGCACUGGUGGAUUCCACGGCUCGGAUAACGUCUUCAAAAACAUGCAGGUCAGGGAAGGGUGAGAGGGAUGAUGCUGUACAUCAGCUGAUACUCUGUGUGACAUUACAGUAUGGACACUUGGUUAUGUACACACCCAGGGAAGCCCAUCCUAACAUACUGUCUCAAACUAAAGAACACCUAAUGCUAAUAGCUAGAUUACACUUGAAUCACAUGGAGUUUAGCUACACAGCACAACUCACUAGUUUUAUAUUUGGACGUGAUUAAGUUCUAUGAUGGAAGCACUACAGAGAGGUAGCCUGAGUCCCAGAUCUGAUUGUGCCGUCUUGCCAUCUCAGAUGUAGGAUAUUUUGUUGCUGAGAAUUUUCCUGCAAAGCAGGAUAUGCAAACGUGUAGUGUAUUUUAGUUUUUUAAAUGGCUUCUAAAGUUUGUAAUUUUCACUUUGAAAUUUCAGACUUGAUUUGUCGAAAAAUGUAUCGACCCCUACAAAAAAGUCAAUUAAUUAUAAUGCACAUUUCCUGUUGCUGCAGGAUUAUUUUCCUGCUGUAGCAAACUGGCUAAAAUUAAGAUCCUACAUCUGUAUGGCCAUUGUCAGGCCAAAUGACCCAAACAGAUCUGGGAGCUGACCACUGCAGAGGAGCCCCAGUUUGUUAAAUCAUGCCUGACAUUCUUUAGGUUAAAUCAAGUUAUGUACUCCAAGAGAACAUAGGAGCUUUAUGAAGAUAUCAGACCGUCUAGUCUGGCUGCCCCCAGACUGAGCCUUAGCAAGUCUCUCCCCCCAGAAAAAACACUGGAAUACCAUCACCUAUAACAGUACAAUGUCCUCCCAUUCGGAGUUGUGUUGUUUUCCCAUGGACAUUUUUACUAUUUUUACUAGAUUUUACUAGAUUUCUCCCCAUCUCCGUGUUAGUCUUUAUGAUCGGUCUGUCUAUGUUUCCGGCCUGAGAAAAUCUCUCCCAAAAUAAGCCUGCUGAAAUACCAUCACCUAUAACAGUAUGCUUUGUUUCCAUUUGUGUUGUGUUCUAUCAUGGCUAUGUUUACUAUAGUUUACUAGAUUUCUCCUUGGCAUCUCCCUGUUAGUCUUUAUGUUUAUGAUAGGUCUGUGUAUCUUUCUAGACGUGGUCACACCUGGAAUGUGUUGUUGAUAUAAUCAUCUUUGCGACUUUACUCACUUCCCUAAAAAAAAAACAGGUGCAUGAGUCAAAGGAAAGUCUGCUGAAAAUAUAUUCUGUGUGUCUUGCUGCAGACUGGAAGAAAAGCAGACGUAGCUAGCAAGUAACGACAUCACCUAUUUAAUGUAGUAGGCACCCACGUUUUAAAGGGGCAAUCAGCAGUUACUACAUACAUUUUUGGACUUGAUAUGAUAUGUGCCCAUUGACUCUUGAAGAAUACACGUUAUGAAUGCCUCAUUAACUGUCAUACCUCAUAAGAACCCAAAAUAUACGUUUGUUUUACUUCAAUGUUUGUAAACAAAGUAAAUGUAACCAAACACUAUAUAGCCUCAACAUGGUUAAAACAAUUUUUUUGAUAUCAUGGAUGGUUAGACCUUGCAUCCAUAGCUCUAAAUUUGAGAGGUGUACAUUUCUUCAGCCCCAUCUCUCAGCUUUUUACUUACAGUGCCUUGCAAAAGUAUUCAUCCCCCUUGGCGUUUGUCCUAUUUUGUUGAAUUACAACCUGUAAUUUAAAUGGAUUUUUAUUUGGAUUUCAUGUAAUGGACAUCCACAAAAUAGUCGAAAUUGGCGAAGUGAAAUGAAAAAAUAACUUGUAUACAAAAUAAAUAACGGAAAAGUGGCGCGUGCAUAUGUAUUCACCCACUUUGCUAUGAAGCUCCUAAAUAAGAUCUGGUGCAACCAAUUACCUUCAGAAGUCACAUAAUUAGUUAAGUAAAGUCCACCUGUAUGCAAUCUAAGUGUCACAUGGUCUGUCACAUGAUCUCAGUAUAUAUACACCUGACUGAAAGGUACCAGAGUCUGCAACACCGUUAACUAAGGGCACAACCAAGCAAGCGGCACCAUGAAGACCAAGGAGCUCUCCAAACAGGUCAGGGACAAAGUUGUGGAGAAGUACAGAUCAGGGUUGGGUUGGGCCCCUGGGCACAUGCGCUGCAUGCCUGGCUGGUAUUCGGCCAUGAUUAACACAACUUUAGAUAGCUGACCAGACCAACUACCAAUCAAAAAAUGUACAUGGCUAAUUGUCAGCUAAUUGAGUGACUGACAUAACAAGAGAAAAACUGCUGAUGCACAACCAAAUUUUGAAAUUGCAUGAAAUUGUAUUUUACUAUUCUAACUCUCAAUAAUAAGUUGAGACCCUGACUGAGUUCCAAAAAAAAUAAAGUGGGCCCCAUGAGAGUUUAGUUCGUUCUCACAGCAGCCGGGGGCCCUAAGCGACCACUUACAGUGGGGGAAAAAAAGUAUUUAGUCAGCCACCAAUUGUGCAAGUUCUCCCACUUAAAAAGAUGAGAGAGGCCUGUAAUUUUCAUCAUAGGUACACGUCAACUAUGACAGACAAAAUUAGAAUUUUUUUUCUCCAGAAAAUCACAUUGUAGGAUUUUUUAUGAAUUUAUUUGCAAAUUAUGGUGGAAAAUAAGUAUUUGGUCAAUAACAAAAGUUUCUCAAUACUUUGUUAUAUACCCUUUGUUGGCAAUGACACAGGUCAAACGUUUUCUGUAAGUCUUCACAAGGUUUUCACACACUGUUGCUGGUAUUUUGGCCCAUUCCUCCAUGCAGAUCUCCUCUAGAGCAGUGAUGUUUUGGGGCUGUCGCUGGGCAACACAGACUUUCAACUUCCCUCCAAAGAUUUUCUAUGGGGUUGAGAUCUGGAGACUGGCUAGGCCACUCCAGGACCUUGAAAUGCUUCUUACGAAGCCACUCCUUCGUUGCCCGGGCGGUGUGUUUGGGAUCAUUGUCAUGCUGAAAGACCCAGCCACGUUUCAUCUUCAAUGCCCUUGCUGAUGGAAGGAGGUUUUCACUCAAAAUCUCACGAUACAUGGCCCCAUUCAUUCUUUCCUUUACACGGAUCAGUCGUCCUGGUCCCUUUGCAGAAAAACAGACCCAAAGCAUGAUGUUUCCUCCCCCAUGUUCUUUGGAUGCAACUCAGCAUUCUUUGUCCUCCAAACACAACGAGUUGAGUUUUUACCAAAAAGUUCUAUUUUGGUUUCAUCUGACCAUAUGACAUUCUCCCAAUCCUCUUCUGGAUCAUCCAAAUGCACUCUAGCAAACUUCAGACGGGCCUGGACAUGUACUGGCUUAAGCAGGGGGACACGUCUGGCACUGCAGGAUUUGAGUCCCUGGCGGCGUAGUGUGUUACUGAUGGUAGGCUUUGUUACUUUGGUCCCAGCUCUCUGCAGGUCAUUCACUAGGUCCCCCCGUGUGGUUCUGGUAUUUUUGCUCACCGUUCUUGUGAUCAUUUUGACCCCACGGGGUGAGAUCUUGCGUGGAACCCCAGAUCGAGGGAGAUUAUCAGUGGUCUUGUAUGUCUUCCAUUUCCUAAUAAUUGCUCCCACAGUUGAUUUCUUCAAACCAAGCUGCUUACCUAUUGCAGAUUCAGUCUUCCCAGCCUGGUGCAGGUCUACAAUUUUGUUUCUGGUGUCCUUUGACAGCUCGUUGGUCUUGGCCAUAGUGGAGUUUGGAGUGUGACUGUUUGAGGUUGUGGACAAGUGUCUUUUAUACUGAUAACAAGUUCAAACAGGUGCCAUUAAUACAGGUAACGAGUGGAGGACAGAGGAGCCUCUUAAAGAAGAAGUUACAGGUCUGUGAGAGCCAGAAAUCUUGCUUGUUUGUAGGUGACCAAAUACUUAUUUUCCACCAUAAUUUGCAAAUAAAUUCAUUAAAAAUUCUACAAUGUGAUUUUCUGGAGAAAAAAAAUCUCAAUUUGUCUGUCAUAGUUGACGUGUACCUAUGAUGAAAAUUACAGGCCUCUCUCAUCUUUUUAAGUGGGAGAACUUGCACAAUUGGUGGCGGACUAAAUACUUUUUUUCCCUACUGUAUGUCGCUUAUGCCUGGAGCCGGCCCAGUGUGUGUGUGUAAGUAGGUGUGUGUGUGCAUGUGUGUGCGACCACAUACUUGUCUGUCUGCUGUGAGAACGCACUAAACUCUCAUGGGGCCCACUGACACGUUUCCCUAGUGGAUAAAUGUUUCCUGGAACGCCUAAGCUAGCUUGCUGCUAACCUAUACUUACUUACCUGACUCAACUCUGACACAGAGAUAUACAGUGCCUUACAAAAGUAUUCAUCCCCCUUUUUCCUAUUUUGUUGCAUUACAAUCUGUAAUUUAAAUGGAUUUUUAUUUGGAUUUCAUGUAAUGGACAUAGACAAAAUAGUCCAAAUUGGUGAAGUGAAAUAAAAGAAAAUAACUUGUUUCAAAUUUUUUUAAAUAAAUAAAUAACAAAAGUGGUGCGAGCAUAUGUAUUCACCCCUCUUUGCUAUGAAGCCCCUAAAUAAGAUCUGAUGCAACCAAUUACCUUCAGAAGUCACAUAAUUAGUUAGAUUGCACACAGGUGGACUUUAUUUAAGUGUCACAUGAUCUCGGUAUAUAUACACCUGUUCUGAAAGGCCCCAGAGUCUGCAACACCACUAAGGAAGGGGCACCACCAAGCAAGCGGCACCAUGAUGACCAAGGAGCUCUCCAAACAGGUCAGGGACAAAGUUGUGGAGAAGUACAGAUCAGGGUUGGGUUAUAAAAAAAUAUCCGAAGCUUUGAACAUCCCACGGGGGGCACCAUUAAAUCCAUUAUUAAAAAAUUGAAAGAAUAUGGCACCACAACAAAUGGACAAAAAUCCCAGUGGCUAGAUGUUCCAAGCUUAUAGAGACAUACCCCAAGAGACUUGCAGCUGUAAUUGCUGCAAAAGGUGGCUCUACAAAGUAUUGAUUUUGGGGGGGUGAAUAGUUAUGCACGCUAAAGUUUUCAGUUUUUUUUUUGUCUUAUUUCUUGUUUGUUUCACAAGAAAAAAUAUUUUGCAUCUUCAAAGUGGUAGGCAUGUUGUGUAAAUCAAAUGAUACAAACCCCCAAAAAAUCCAUUUUAAUUCCAGGUUGUAAGGCAACAAAAUAGGAAAAAUGCCAAGGGGGGUGAAUACUUUCGCAAGCCACUGUAAACAAGGGCUGGAAGACCCCCUUUUUAUUGUUUCUACUGCUGAUUGCCGCUUUAAGGCUCAUCUUAUGAUUAUUUCAAAAUGUUGAUUGCUUUUCAAGUAAUUUAAGUACUUAAACUCCCAUACAGUUUACCUUUAGCUAUUUUGAUGUUUACACAAGGUCUAUUUGUGGUUUUGACUCCUCCGUAGGUGGAGGGAAAUUAGAACUAAAUGAGAUGGUGAAAUUGUGGUUAUUUUGUUCUUCUCUCCAUACACAUUAAACAUGUCUUCUCCACGGGUAUGAAUAGUCUCCUCUAUCUAUUCAGUUAUUCCAGUGAAAGUGAAUUAAUUUAGUUUUUGUAUAUUUCAGACCAUUUUCAUCGGUUAUGGACCAGGGCUGAAAUACAAGACCCACGUUGCACCUUUUGAAAACAUUGAAGUCUACAACCUCCUGUGUGGUAAGCCUGUUAGUCAAUGGACCAUUUAACAUGGGGACAGGGGGCAAUGUCCUGUUGCAUAACUAGAAAGGAUUAGCCUGACUGCCAGUCUGUUUCUGCUCUCUUGUCAUGCCAAAGCAGUGGAAUUAUAUCUAAACAGACUGGUACCCAGGCUAAGUAUUACUUCUCUAAAGUGAAACUGUUCCAGCCAGCUUUACAUUCAUUAUAGCAUCAUUUCAACCACUUUUAUACAGAACUCUGAGACCAUUCCUCUAUUUCUCGACAUUGUGAUACGUUUCAAAGAGGAUGUGCCGGUUGACCAGGCCACAGCACCACCGCUGGAAACAAAGUCCAUAGUCACACAGCUAUUCUGUACAGUCAGCCCACUAGAUAGUCAGUUAGAGAAAAUACCUUUUCAACUCUCUAAUAUCACUUUGUUUCUCUCCCCCCCAUCUCUCUCUUUCUCUCUAUCACCCUCUCUGCCUGUCAGAUUUGAUGGACGUUCCCCCUGCUCCUAACAACGGGACCCAUGGGAGUCUGAACCACCUCCUGAAGAACCCUCCCCACCGCCCUGUGUACCCCGCUGAGCUCUCCUCUAACUCCACCUGUGGGGCCAGUGGCCCCACCCCCUCUGACAACCUGGGCUGCAGCUGCAGCACCCGCACCAAAGCAGCGGUAUGACCAGGGGGUAUAAUCAGGGAGGGGGGGUGGAUCCUCAAACUCGCACAUCCAUCCUCAGAGAGCAGGACUGGGAGGGGAGGGAGGGGAGGGGAGGGGAGAUAGACAGAGGCUCUGUCCUGUCCAUAAUAACGCUCUAAAUCCUCAAAAUGUUUGAAAGGUGCUUCAUUGAAAUCUAAUAUUUAUCCUCACUUUAUGAUUGAUAACCCAGAAGCACUCAUUAGAGGGACAGAAGUUGACAGACACACUAACAUGCUGAAAAUAUAUGUUUCAGGAGAAAACGAUGAACCGGCAACUCAUCCAAUACAAUUCCAGUGAGUACACACUUCAUGGGGUCUCUUUGUAAUGGCUUAGUAGUAGAAGCUUUGCCAAACACUCCAGUUAGCGUUAUCAUGGCUCUAUUUUGUCAUUGAUUUUGUUUUUGAUCACACCCUCCCCUCCCUCAGAUUCCGGAGCCAAGGCUCUUCACCUACCAUAUGGAAUCCCUCGAGUUCUCCAGGAGAAUUCAGACUUCUGCAUCCUGCACCACGCCGACUACAUCAACGGUUACAGCAAAGAUACUCUCAUGCCCUUAUGGGUCGCCUACACAAUUUACCCACUGGUGAGUCUUUUUGUGCUUGUGUGAACGACCAGGGUUCAUACCCAUGUACAGUGGGGGAAAAAAGUAUUUAGUCAGCCACCAAUUGUGCAAGUUCUCCCACUUAAAAAGAUGAGAGAGGCCUGUAAUUUUCAUCAUAGGUACACGUCAACUAUGACAGAAAAAUUGAGAAAAAAAAAGAUUUUUUAUGAAUUUAUUUGCAAAUUAUGGUGGAAAAUAAGUAUUUGGUCAAUAACAGAAGUUUCUCAAUACUUUGUUAUAUACCCUUUGUUGGCAAUGACACAGGUCAAACGUUUUCUGUAAGUCUUCACAAGGUUUUCACACACUGUUGCUGGUAUUUUGGCCCAUUCCUCCAUGCAGAUCUCCUCUAGAGCAGUGAUGUUUUGGGGCUGUCGCUGGGCAACACAGACUUUCAACUCCCUCCAAAGUUUUUCUAUGGGGCUGAGAUCUGGAGACUGGCUAGGCCACUCCAGGACCUUGAAAUGCUUCUUACAAAGCCACUCCUUCGUUGCCCGGGCGGUGUGUUUGGGAUCAUUGUCAUGCUGAAAGACCCAGCCACGUUUCAUCUUCAAUGCCCUUGCUGAUGGAAGGAGGUUUUCACUCAAAAUCUCACGAUACAUUGUCCCAUUCAUUCUUUCCUUUACACGGAUCAGUCGUCCUGGUCCCUUUGCAGAAAAACUGCCCCAAAGCAUGAUGUUUCCACCCCCAUGCUUCACAGUAGGUAUGGUGUUCUUUGGAUGCAACUCAGCAUUCUUUGUCCUCCAAACACGACGAGUUGAGUUUUUACCAAAAAGUUCUAUUUUGGUUUCAUCUGACCAUAUGACAUUCUCCCAAUCCUCUUCUGGAUCAUCCAAAUGCACUCUAACAAACUUCAGACGGGCCUGGACAUGUACUGGCUUAAGCAGGGGGACACGUCUGGCACUGCAGGAUUUGAGUCCCUGGCGGCGUAGUGUGUUACUGAUGGUAGGCUUUGUUACUUUGGUCACAGCUCUCUGCAGGUCAUUCACUAGGUCCCCCCGUGUGGUUCUGGGAUUUUUGCUCACCGUUCUUGUGAUCAUUUUGACCCCACGGGGUGAGAUCUUGCGUGGAACCCCAGAUCGAGGGAGAUUAUCAGUGGUCUUGUAUGUCUUCCAUUUCCUAAUAAUUGCUCCCACAGUUGAUUUCUUCAAACCAAGCUGCUUACCUAUUGCAGAUUCAGUCUUCCCAGCCUGGUGCAGGUCUACAAUUUUGUUUCUGGUGUCCUUUGACAGCUCUUUGGUCUUGGCCAUAGUGGAGUUUGGAGUGUGACUGUUUGAGGUUGUGGACAGGUGUCUUUUAUACUGAUAACAAGUUCAAACAGGUGCCAUUAAUACAGGUAACGAGUGGAGGACAGAGGAGCCUCUUAAAGAAGAAGUUACAGGUCUGUGAUAGCCAGAAAUCUUGCUUGUUUGUAGGUGACCAAAUACUUAUUUUCCACCAUAAUUUGCAAAUAAAUUCAUAAAAAAUCCUACAAUGUGAUUUUCUGGAUUUUUUUGCCUCAAUUUGUCUGUCAUAGUUGACGUGUACCUAUGAUGAAAAUUACAGGCCUCUCUCACCUUUUUAAGUGGGAGAACUUGCACAAUUGGUGGCUGACUAAAUACUUUUUUCCCCCACUGUAUGUGUUAGCCUGCUGAGCUAAAGCCAAGGCAUUAGCUCGGGGGAGUUAACGCAAGUCUUCCGAAUCUUAGGAAAUGUCACCCCUCACGCGAACGUAGUUCUGAACCACCAUUACAUUCUGGCUCUCUUUAAUGACUAAAGAUAGAUAGUGUGUCGUGUUGGAGAUGCACUGGCUGCAUGUUAUGUUCUCUGGUUAGGGUUUCUCUGGUUAGUUUCUCUAGUUAGGGUUUCUCUAGUUAGUGUUUCUCUGGUUAGUUCUCUAGCUAGUGUUUCUCUGGUUAGGGUUUCUCUGGUUAGGGUUUCUCUAGUUAGUUAGGGUUUCUCUGGUUAGUUCUCUAGUUAGGGUUUCUCUGGUUAGUUCUCUAGUUAGGGUUUCUCUGGUUAGUUCUCUAGUUAGGGUUUCUCUAGUUAGUGUUUUGGCAGGACAUGAAAGAGGUUAUAAAGCUGUGUGAAGUGCUGAUAUCUGAGCUACCGCCCAGGCCCUGCUAGCUGGCUGUAGAUCUUCCUAACUCGUGCCUGCUUUCACAGCCUCUUGUGUUAGUCAUUAUGUGGUGAAAACCUCACUGUAAAUCAGGAUGUCUCUCUACAGUACAUAUUUCCUUUAUCUAUCCCUGGCUUUCACUCUAUCUCAACAUCCUCCUUUUAUUCCAUGACUUUCUGUCUAAAGCUAUUAAGAGGAAGGAAAGUAGAUGAUUCAUGGUUUUAUUUUAUCGAAGGAGGAGGUAAGGGGAAAAACACUAUCCUAAUGUAUAUAUUGACUCAACCCUGCAAUAAGGAAUUAAACUAGGUUCACAGAACUAAUCUAAAAAACUGGAAUCAUUAUACUGGCCCAGUCACUGUAACACAACCUCUCUCUCUGUCUCCCUCUCUGUCUCCCUCUCUGUCUCUCUCUCGUCCCGUCUCUCUUAUCAGAACAAUGUCCAGCCACUGAGUCCAGUAGCAGAGGCCUGUGUCCGUGCAGACGUCCGUGUGGCGCCGCUCUUCAGCCAGAACUGUGUCAGAUACAGGGACAACCCUGUGCUGUCCUACGGCCUGCUACAUCCACCCAGUGAGUUACACCCCCAUCACCACCCCCCAAACCCUUUGUUAAAAACCUACACCAUAUUACUGUACAUGCAUAUAGCCAGCGGUGCAGCAGAUUCUAACACUAAAUCAGGACAGAUCUCAUAAAAUGUUUGAAGACCAGUUGAUGAUUUAAAUGAAUUGAAGUGUUUAGUGUGUGUGUGUGUGUGUGUGUGUUUAUUUAAGUGAUUAAUUCAUGUUAAUGUUUCAGAUCUGGGUGCCAAUGGAACAGAGGCAGAGUCACUACUCACCAGCAACAUGGCACCCAUGUACCCUGCUUUUAAAGGUGAGCGGGUCAGGCUAGCUGGCAAAGAGACAGAAAAGUCUCCAGUACUGUGCAAUAAUAGCUCAAACAAGGUAUGUGUGAUUUCUUAUGGAGAGGCAGCUUCAGGAAAUGACUUUCUACAGAAGAGUCUUAGGACACAGCGUGUCUUUGCAUGAUGUAUGUAUAGGCCUCCCGAGUGGCGCAGUGGUCUAAGGCACUGCAUCGCAGUGCUAGCUGUGCCACUAAAGAUCCUGGUUCGAAUCCAGGCUCUGUCGUUGCCGGCCGCGACCGGGAGACCCAUGGGGCGGCGCACAAUUGGCCCAGCGUCGUCCAGGGUAGGGGAGGGAAUGGCCGGCAGGGAUGUAGCUCAGUUGGUAGAGCAUGGCGUUUGCAACGCCAGGGUUGUGGGUUCGAUUCCCACGGGGGGCCAGUAUGAAAAAUAAUGUAUGCACUCACUUAACUGUAAGUCGCUCUGGAUAAGAGCGUCUGCUAAAUGACUAAAAUGUAAAUGUAGGCCUAGCGUCAGAUAUAUUUCUUACUGGCCUAAUGGGUUUGUACUAUACUGAUCAAAAAUAUAAACGCAACAUGUAAAGUGUUAAUCCCAUGUUCCAUGAGCUGAAAUAAAAGCUCCCAGAAAUGUAUCAAACACACAAAAAGCUUAUUUCCCUCAAAUUGUGUACACAAAUGUGUUUACAUCCCUGUUAAUGAGCAUUUAUCCUUUGCCAAGAUAAUAAAGCCACCUGACAGUUGUGGCAUAUCAGGAAGCUGAUUAAACAACAUGAUCAUUGCACAGGUGCACCUUGUUCUGGGGACAAUAAAAGGCCACUCUAAAAUGUGCAGUUUUGUCACACAACAGAUGUCUCAAGUUUUGAGGGAGCGAGCAAUUGGCAUGCAGGAAUGUCCACCAGAGCUGUUUUAAUGUUAAAUUCUCUACCGUAAGCCGCUUUAGAGAAUUUGGCAGUACAUCCAACCGGUUUCACAACCGCAGACCACGUGUAACCACGCCAGCCCAGGACCUACACAUCCGGCUUCUUCACCUGCGGGAUUGUCUGAGUCCAGCCACCCGGACAGCUGAUGAAACUGUGGGUUUGCACAACCGUAGAAUUUCUGCCCAAAAUGUCAGAAACAAUCUUAGGGAAGCUCAUCUGCGUGCUCGUCGUCCUCACCAGGGUCUUGACCUGACUGCAGUUCGGCGUCGUAACUGACUUCAGUGGGCAAAUGCUCACCUUUGAUGGCCCCUGGCACGCUGGAGAAGUGUGCUCUUCACGGAUGAAUCCCGGUUUCAACUGUACCGGGCAGAUGGCAGACAGUGUGUAUGGCGUCAUGUGGGCGAGCUGUUUGCUGGUCAACGUUGUGAACAGAGUGCCCCGUAGCAUAAGCUACGGAAAACGAACACAAUUGCAUUUUAUCGAUGGCAAUUUGAAUGCACAGAGAUACCGUGAUGAGAUCCUGAGGCUCAUUGUCGUGCCAUUCAUCCGCCACCAUCACCUCAUGUUUCAGCAUGAUAAUACACAGCCCCAUGUCGCAAGGAUCUGUACACAAUUCCUGGAAGCUGAAAAUGUCCCAGUUCUUCGAUGGCCUGCAUACUCACCAGGGAUGCUCUAGAUUGGCGUGUACGACAGCGUGUUCCAGUUCCUGACAAUAUCCAGCAACUUCGCACAGCCAUUGAAGAGGAGUUGGACAACAUUCCACAGGCCACAAUCAACAGCCUGAUUAACUCUAUGUGAAGGAGAUGUGUCGCACUGCAUGAGGUCAUAGUGGGCCAUUGAUUCAGUAGAUAUAGGUUUUCUGUAACAUUUUGCCUAGGCGACAGUAGUGUACACUAGUAGUGCAGUAGGGAGUUACCGUAUUAUCAGACAGUGGUCACGGUAAAAACCCAGCCGACUCUCUAAGCUCUCUUUAGUGUUUUAUUGUUCAGUUUCCAUUCUGUGUAACUGGCUCGACAAAAGUGAUUGCUUGCAAUGCUAUUGUAAAGAAGGGGAGAUUGUUACGUUCAAAAUCCCACUCCAUUUUGUACUCUGUACUUGGCACGUAAUGUCGACGUGAAUACAUUAGCACUCCUUAUGCAACAUUCCAAUAACAACUUGUGGUAUAAUUACUCAUAGACCGUCAAUGUGUUGGUAGUACAGCUAAAGGUCUGUUCCUGACUUUCCAAGACAGACGAUGUUGCUAAUAUUGCUUGGGGUCAUGUCUACUGUGAUGAAGAAUAAUACCACAGAGUUUUAAACACUGGGCUGUGUCCCGGAAUAGGAUACUGUUUGGCACUCAGUCAUGGGAUAGUGGUCCAUAUUGAUGAAACUGAGAUGCAAAUGGUUGUGUUGUCACUUUUGUUGAUGCCCGUGGACACAGAAAGAGUAAUCCAUCAUAACAAGUGGUUUAUGAAGUAUGAUAUGAUAUGAUGCAACUCAUUUUCUUUCCCACAAAUUGAUUUAUUUUUUAAUCCAAUAACAUAGCGCUCUGUGGAUAACUUUACUGACACUGCCCUCUGGUGGCAAAUGGUGGAAGUCUACAUAGUAGAAAUGCUGAUCUAGGAUCAGGUCCCCCAACUGUCCAUUUAAUCACAUUUAUUAUGAUCUAAAAGGGAAAACUGAUUCUAGAUCAGCAGUCCUACUCUAAGACAUUUAGUAUAUGAUCGUAUAUUUGCAGAUGUUUGGACGUACUUCCAUGAUGUCCUCCUGGUGAAAUAUUCCCAGCAGCUGAAUGGGGUUAACGUUAUGAGUGGACCUAUCUUUGACCAGCACUACGACGGACACUUUGAUGCUCCUACAGUUAGCACACAGUAAGUGUUCAUUAUCAUCCAUGAGUGUUGUUGUUGCUGCUGUUUUUUUUGCUUUUUUAUGAUUUUCAGUUGUAUAUAUUACAUUAACAUGAACAUAUUUCCAUAUUUCUCUCAUGCAGAGACGAGGCUCCCAUCCCCACUCACUUCUAUGUGAUCAUGACCAGCUGUGGGAACUCAUCCUUCUCCCCUGCUGACUGCCAGGGUCCCCUGGAGACCACCUCCUUCAUCCUCCCCCAUAGACCUGACCACACUGAGACCUGCGCUGUGAGUCACACCACUCUAUCUGGCUGGCUGGCUGGCCACCCUGUUGAGGAAAACCCCGUUGAGGAAAUGUAACAUGUCAACAGACCAAAGGAUGGCUGAGAUAAUCAGACCUGGGUCAAAUAGAUGCUGUAUGUCAAAUACUUUCAAAUACUUGAGCAGCACUUCAUUUAGGUUGCCCUGUACAGUGCAACCAAUUAAAUAGUCUCAAAAGUGCAAAUUCCAAGCUAAAUCAACUGCACCUGAAAUAUUUUCAGGAAUUUCAAAGUAUUUGAUUGUAUAUUUGACCCAGGUCUGGCGAACAUAUGAGAUCCUCUCUAGUUUUGCUGUUUGUAUCGUUAGUGACUCCUUUCCCUUCCUCUCAUUGUCUCCUUAGAAUGGCUCGGACUUCCAGUGGGUCCAGGAGUGGGCCCAGUUCCAUGUUGCCCGGGUCCGAGACGUAGAGCUCCUGACUGGACUCAGCUUCUACCACAACAGGAUAUCAGUGGACGAAACGCUUCAGCUCAAGACAUUUUUACAGACUUUCUAA